AAUAUCUUAAUGGGUUCCCUAAAAAGACGACAACCCUCUAGUGUUGCUGUCACUAAUGAGAUGACCUGAUGAUUCUCAAUAGUGACCAUAACCCCUGCAUGGUGACCCCCGACCCAGAGACUCUGUCCAUGCAGCACAAACUCAGUGAUGCCCCCUCACUCCCAGCAGCAUCUCCCACUACCCCAUCUCCGUGAACAUGCUGGAUUCCAUCACCACAUGACAGUUUGUGGCGGUCAGCCUCAAGGCUGGUCAAGGUCCCUGUGUCUCAGACCCCUCUGAGCUGACACUUAUGAAAUCCUUCUUUGCGGACCUUAAGUUGCCCCACUCGGUGAUCAGGAACGAACAGGUGCAGAUCCAAGCCAUGUUGCACAAUUUCAGGAAUCGUCAGGCCAAGGUCCAAGUGGAGUUCCCCACAAAGAGCCGCUGUGCAGCGUGUCAAAGCCAGGAGCACCAUCCUGCCAGGUGGUGGUCAUGCCCCCCCACCUCCUCCAAGAUGGUACCCUUUGUGCUUCUCCCACUGGAGAUAGGCAAAGUGGACAUGGAGGUCAAGGCUGUGGGCUAUGGGAUCCAGGACCACGUGAAGAAGACACUCUUGGUCCGGGCAGGAGGUCAGAUUCAGCAAAUGUCCCGUAGCAUCCUCCUGAACCCCUAAGGUCGGACCCAGACAGAACUGGUGCCAAGACAGGAGUUCUUGAACAUGGUACCCGACACGCAGGCAGAAGUGUUUAUCAGCGUUCAAGGGUACACCCAGCUGCUGACCCACCGGAGUUCAGACGGCACCUACCACACCUCCAAGGGGAACCCAGGAAGCACCUGGCUUACAAACUGUGUGUUUCGCAUCUUUGCCCCGGCCUACCCUACGAUGAUGACCAGUGUGCUUGACCUGCCCUCUCUCUGUGCCAUGGCCAACUGGAUCAUCAUCAACAGGCAGGCGGAGGACGGGCACCUCCUGGAGAAGGGACCUGUGGUCAUGACAUCCAUGCAGGGUGGCUACCAAGGCUCCGAGGUGAACAUAUCCCUCACAGCUCUUGUCUUGAUAGCCCUGGAUGAGGGAAAGGAGUUGUACAGCCAGGAGAUACCGGUAGGAUCCUGGAGAGGAGGGCAGGAUCUGUGGGGUCCUCCAGCCCCAGCACCUGGAAGGCUCUUCCACCCUCACAUCCCUCUGGGUCCCUCUAAUGCCCAGACUUCUUUUCUCUGGUGAUCUCCCUCUGGCCUCCUCCCUCUG